UUCGACAGUGACCGCAAUGGACGGAAGGCAUCACCAGAGACAUGGCUCCGCAGGCGGAGGUGCGGGGCGGCAGGAGGGGAAUCUGUGGGGGCAGGCGCGGAGUGUUUUCAUGAGCGCAAUACUGGCGGAGCCACCCGCGGAGAUACGGAGAGAAGUCACCCGUCCCUCAGCCAGGAACAAUGAGGCGGUGAUGGGAGCAGCAGAGAAGCUGCUGUCUGGCAAUGACAUCCGCAUCGUUCGCAGGCGAGACUCCACUGCUGCUGCUGAUGCUGCUGAUGCAGCAGCAGGGGAUAGUGGGGUGGGACAGGGCGGGGGGGGAAAUGGCAGGGGGAGAGGCACCACGGGGGGGGUGAGUGAGGAGGAGAAGGAGGCGUUGUUUGCCAUGGCAGCACGGCAUGAGUGGAUGUCGUAUUUGAGGGAGGAGAUCCUGCUGCUGCAUAUUGAGCGCCAGAACGAGCUUGUGGCAGCCCAGCAGAAGAAGAAGGGUGCUGAGAACCCGACUGCUGCUGCUGCUGCAGCUGCCAGCACAAGGAGCGUUUGGGCCCCGACCAACGACCCAGCAGCCAUGCUACAGGCGAAGCUGGAUGUCGAAAUGCCGCAGUUCAAAGCCCGCCCCCCUGCUGCUGCUGCCGCCGCUGCUGCUGCUGCCAAGGGGGAGCUGACCCGUCAGAAGAGCCCCACCCCUGAGCGCACAGGGGAAACUCUGUAUGAUAAUAAGGCGGUUUUGAAAGUAUCCCAGUCAACUCGGGUGUAUGGUCGGCCAGCGAUGGAGGGGCGGAGGGUGGGCGGGGUGGGGAGUGAUGAAGAGGGGGGAAUUGGCGAGGAGGAUGGGGGGGGUUCUGCUGGCGGUGCUGCUGCUGAUGGCGGUGUUAUGGAUGCUAAGGGAACGGCUUUUGCUGUUGCUGCUGCGUUGGCUGCUGCUGGUGACCGUGAAGAUGCUGAGGCUGCUACUGUGGCUGACCCAUCUGCUCGCCGUGCGUCCAGUGGGGAGAGGGCAGCCAAGGCAGCAGCGGAGGCGGCGACAACGGGUGGGCAGAGGAUGCUGCGCGUGUGGGAGCGGAUGAAACGCAUCAUCCCCAGCAACCCCUCCUCUGCCGCCGCUGCUGCCUCCGCUGAUGCUGCUGCCGGUCUUGAUACCACUGGCAGUGGCAAGUCAGCCUCACUCGAGUUUCCUUUGGAGCCCUCCCAUCGAAGCCAUCUGAGCCAGUCUCUCCUGGCUGGACUCAUUCCCACUGACCAGAGGGGACCCUCCUGGAUCGCGAUGGCGUGCUCCGACCCUGAGGACGACCUGGUCAACCGCACCAGCUACACACUGCUGAAAGAACGAGCUGCCUCCGCACCUCCCACUCUAGAGGUGUACCGUGACACGCUGUGUGUGGUGCUCGAGUGGAGGGAGAAGGAAGCUCAAGCCUCUCAGCUGAAGCAGCAGCAGGAGCAGGAGGAGAAGGGGCAGGGUGAGGGGCAGGAGGGUUUUUCGGAGAGCACCCAGGAGUCACAGGAAGCAGCUCCGAGCAGGGCAGCAUCUGUCCCCUCUAUAGCGUUCUCCCCUAAGCGCCCUCCUGCUGGUGUUGCUGCUGAGGCUGUUGCGGCGCUGAUGGCUGCUGCAGCUGCUAGAGAGGCCGCAGCAGGAGCAGGAACGGGCACUGCUGCAGCUGGCGCUGGUGUUGAUUGCGUUACAGACGGUGGUGAUGCUGGCGCUGCUGCUGCUGCAGAAGUGGUUGCUGCUGGUGCUGCUGCUGCUGCUGCUGCUGCUGCUGCUGAUGGUGGCUGUGUGGUUGUGGUGGGAGUGGAGGAUGGAUUGAGUGAGGAGGAUGCAGCUCUGCACCAGUCGCUACUGAACGUCAUCAAAGCAUACUCCGUGUUUGACCCCGACACGUGGUACUGCAGUGGCAUGGGGUGGAUUGCGCUCACACUGCUCUCGCUCAUGGCGGAGGAGGAUGCGUUCCUCACCCUCGUCUUCCUCAUGCACCGCUGCGGGCUGCGAGGGCUCUUCGCCCCCAACAUGCAUCAGCUCACCACGCGUCUCUCUCAGCUCUCUCAGUUCCUCGCUGAGUCGACGCCUCGCCUGCACUCCUUCUUUGAGGACUUGCAGCUCAAACCGAUCAUGUAUGCGGCGGACUGGCUUCUUUCCCUCUUCGCGCGCCACAUGCCCCAGUAUCUCGUGCACCGCGUCUUUGACAUCGUGCUUGCUGAGAAGACCAUAUCAGUAGUGUUCAAGCUGGCUGUCGUGCUGCUGCAGGUUACCCGGCGUCAACUGAUGCUGUGUCCGGAGUUCGACUACUGCCUGCACUUCCUUCACUCCGAAUUGCCACUGGAGCUCAAUCUCCUCCCUGACCGGGAUGUGGAGGAGCUCAUCAGCAAGGCCCUGAGGGUGCGCCUGCCCUUCGAGAGUGUGCUGCGGCUGGAGGCAGAGUACGAUCAACUGGCGGGGGAAGCGGCGGUGGCAGCACAAGAGGUGCAGGCAGCAGCAGAGGCGAGUGAGGCUGCUGCAGCGUCAUGGGAACGAGACAGGCAGGAGCUAGAAGGGGAGCUGCUGAGGGCUCUGGAGCUGCUGGACUGCUCUCAGUCGUAUGUCUCGGCGCUCUUCUCUCACUUCAAAGCCCUGCAGGCCCGUGCUGCUCUCACCCGACAAAUGAGCGCUGCUGCUGCUGCUGCUGCGGCUGGUACCACGAUUGAUGCUGAAGCUGCUGCUUCUACCACUGUUGAUGCUGGUGCUCAUGCGUCUGCUGCUGCUGCUGGGUCUUCCGAGUCUCCUGCCACAGCCGAGAUUGCUGAGUCUGCCGAAACUACUGCAGUUGAGUCUACCGAACCUGCUGCUUCUGCUGGGUCUGCUGCGGAGACUGCCGAGCCUGGUGCUGCAGAGACUGCCGAACCUGUUGCUGCGCAGACCGCCGAACCUGUUGUUGCAGAGACCGCCGAACCUGUUGCUGUGGAGACCACCGAGCUUGUUGCCGCGGAGACCACCGAGCCUGUUGCCGCAGAGACCGCCGAGCCUGUUGCUGCGGAGACCGCCGAACCUGCUGCCGCGGAGACCGCCGAGCCUGCUGCUGCGGAGACCGCCGAACCUGCUGCUGCAGAGGCACCUGUUGCUGUGGAGGCCGCCCAACCUGUUGCUGCGGCCACCACCAAGCCUGUUGCCGCGGAGACCGCCCAACCUGCUGCUGCAGAUACCGCCGAGCCUGCUACCGCGGAGACCGCCGAACCUGCUACUGCAGAUACCGCUGAGCCUGCUGCUGCAGAGACCGCCGAACCCGCUGCUGCAGAGACUGCCGAACCUGUUGUUGCAGAGGCUGCCGAACCUGCUGCUGCAGAGACCGCCGAGCCUGCUGCUGCGGAUACCGUCGAACCUGCUGCUGCAGAGACCGCCGAACCUGCUGCUGCGGAGACUGCCGAUCCUGCUGAUGCGGAGGCUGCGGGACCCGCUGCUGCAGAGACCGCCGAACCUGCUGCUGCAGAGACCGCUGAACCUGCUGCUGUGGAUAUUGCCGAGCCUGCUGCAGAGACCGCCGAGCCUGCUGCUGCGGAGACCGCCGGACCUGUUUCUGCAGAGACCGCCGGACCUAUUGCUGUAGAGACUGCUGAACCUAUUGUUGCAGAGGCUGCCGAACCUGUUGCUGCGGAGACAGCGGAACCUGUUGCUGCAGAGGCCGCCGAACCUGUUGCUGCAGAGGCCACCGAGCCUGUUGCUGUGGAGACCGCCGAACCUGUUGCUGCGGAGACCGCCGAACCUGUUGCUGCGGAGACCGCCGAACCUGUUGCUGUGGUGACAGCGGAACCUGUUGCUGCAGAGGCCACCGAACCUGCUGCUGCGGAGACUGCCGAACCUGUUGCCGCGGAGCCCGCCAAACCUGUUGCUGCAGAGGCCACCGAACCUGCCAUUGAGAGUGCUUUUUCUAAUGCCGUGGAGACCCCUCCAGCAUCUCUUGAGGUGGAAGCUCAGCAAACGGACUCUGCCCCUGUUGCCGAACCUGCCCCUCAAACCGAACCCGCCCCUCAAUCCGAACCUGCCCCUCAAACCGAACCUGCCCCUCACACUGACCCUGCCGCUCACACAAAUUCGGUUUCAGCUUCACCAGUCUCCACGUCCUUUUCCCUGCCUGACCUCCCGCCUCUCCCCGAACCUCCAACUCCUCCCGAACCUGCCCAGCCUCAGCCGUUGGUGGUCCGGAUUCCGGGCUUGGAGCCCGGAGCUGACAUCAGCAGCAUGUCCACUGCCGCUUUGCUGAGUGCUGUAGCGAUACUCAGGAAGCAAAGGGCAGCAGCAGAGUCGGCGCUUAUGGCGGCAGAGCAGCGGCUUAUGGAGAGUAUAAGGAGUGACAACGAGGCGAUAGAUGCUUGUCUGAGGGCGCAGGCGAUGAGGGCGAGGAAGAGGCAGCUGACAGGGAGGAAGGGAAGUGGCUCUGCUGUGGGGUGCUGAGAAUUUUGCGCAAGUAUUGGGAGUAGGACCAUGUGGGGAUACUUGUGGAUGCUUUUGUGAGGCUCUAGGCUAUGAGGGCGAGGAAGAGGCAGCUGACAGGACGGAAGGGAAGUGGCUCUGCUGUGGGGUGCUGAGAACUGUACAGAUGAGAGCCACACGUGCUAAAAUAUGCACAAGUGCUGCGAGUCGGAUGCUGAGGGAGUCGGUCUCGAUGGAGAGAGGAGGGUUUAGGUGUGACCACUGACCAUGUGGGGAUGCUGGUUCUGGUGGAUGCUUGUCAGGGGGCGCAGGCUAUGUGACGGCGAGGAAGAAGACGCUACUGUAAGGGAGAGCGGGCAGUGGCUCUGCUGCGUGUGUGAAUCUGCUUGUGUAAAAUACAAUGAUCCAUCCUUGGGUGCUGGAGCUCUGUAAAACUCAGCUGUAGCGUGUUUGCUAGAAUUUACGUUACUUAUCUAUUCAC